AUGUCAAUCCCGUCCUCAACGCAAUCAGCUCCAUCAGAGCCACAGUUCAACAUCCGCAACCCACUCCCUCUCUCCGCAACACAAGAACAACAAGUCAAAGAAAUAUACUACAAAAGAGUGCGCGGCUACUGCGGUCCCGAAAUCAAAGCAUUCGCGGAAUGUGCCCGCGGACGAACAUUCACCACAACCUGGGUUUGUCGCGAACAACGCCUUGCCAUGAAUUCGUGCAUGCUGGCGCAUGCGAAACCCGAGGAAUUAGAUCGAGCGCGUGAGGAAUGGUUUGCGGGAAGAGAGGCGCGAAGACGGGAGAGGGAAGAGGCAGAGGCGGCUGUGGAGAAGAGGAGGGAGGAGGUCAUUAGGAUGAUGAAGGGGGAUCAGGAGAAGAACAAGAGGUAG